AUGUUGCUACGAUUCGAGUCGAAAUGGGGCCAGUUCCGCCUGAACGUCGAACCUACUCAGCAUUUCUCAUCCCUAACAUCCAAGAUACUUGACAACCUGCCUCCGAAUACCGAUGUGUCCUCGAUAGUGUUGAGCAACAAACCCGUCAGCUCGAGACCGGAGCCGGAGAGAGAGCGGCGCCUCGCCGACCUCCCCGGAAUCGAACUGCAGCAAGUCGGGCUGAAACAUGGAGACAAGCUGUACAUCGGCUUCUCAGAACACGAGUCCAUGUCCAACGGUCACACCAACGGCGAUGCCUCCUCCUCUUCGUCCUCCUCCGCCCCUCGACGUUUGAAUGGCACAAUCGCCCUACCAGAACCUACCGCCCCCGUGACCGCGCCGACGGUCACCUCUCCAACCCUGGUUAAGAACCCGUGGGAAGUGGUCAAACAGUCUGCUUUAGAUGACAGGUUAGACAAGCAGGAUGGGAAGAUCUCAAGACCGAGAGACCUCAAGAUGUGUCGACAUGGACCCAAAGGCAUGUGCGACUAUUGCCAGCCUCUGGAACCCUACGACAAGAAAUAUCUCGACGAGAGGAAGAUCAAACAUCUCUCCUUCCACAGCUAUUUACGCAAAAUCAAUUCUGCUACCAACAAGCCCGAGUUGAAGAGCUCUUACAUGCCGCCACUGUCCGAACCCUACUACCGAGUCAAGAAGGACUGCCCUGCUGGCCACCCUCCCUGGCCUGAAGGAAUUUGUACGAAAUGCCAACCAAGCGCUAUUACAUUACAACCGCAAGAAUUCCGAAUGGUGGACCAUGUUGAAUUUGCCACAGCAGAUAUGGUGGACAAGUUGAUAGACUUCUGGAGGAAGUCCGGCAGUCAACGGCUGGGAUUUCUAUAUGGUCGAUACGAAGAGUACACAGAAGUACCCCUGGGUGUAAAAGCAGUGGUGGAAGCCAUCUACGAGCCACCUCAAAUGUGCGAAGUUGAUGGACUCACACUGCUGGAUUGGCCCAAUGAAAAGGAUGUCGAUGAGGUUGCCAGCCUCUGUGGCCUCGAGCGGGUGGGAGUCAUUUUCACCGACCUGUUAGCCCCUGAGGAAGGCGAGGGCCAGGCCGUUUGCAAACGACACAUCGACUCGUAUUUCCUUUCGUCUCUGGAGAUUGCGUUCGCGGCACGGCUCCAGGCUCAAUACCCAAAGCCUUCGAAAUGGAGCGAGACGGGUCGAUUCGGCUCGAAUUUUGUAACCUGCGUUAUCACCGGAGACGAGGACGAGAGCAUUACAAUCCAAGCUUACCAGGCAUCCAAUGCGGCUGUCGAGAUGGUUCGCGCAGACAUUGUGGAGCCCUCAGCAGACCCCUCCGUGAUGUUGGUGCAGUCGGAAGAUGAUCAAGGGCCGAACGGCAGAACUCGAUACAUACCUGAGGUUUUCUACCGCCGAAUCAACGAGUACGGUGCCAAUGUGCAAGAGAACGCCAAGCCCAGUUUUCCUGUGGAAUAUCUGCUGGUAUCUUUGACCGCGGGAAUGCCCAUCAAACCCAAUCCUCUCUUCAAGAACAGCAAGUUUCCUGUGGAAAAUCGGGAAGCUGUUGCUGAAGGCCAGGAUCCUGCGGACGUUGCCAGACAGCUACGUUCAUCACAAUCGGUGGAUGCGGUUUCCGACUUCCAUCUGCUAUGCUUCUUGCACGGUAUGGGGGUAUUCAGCAAGGAAGAAGAACAGAUUCUCUGUCGAGUGGCGACUACGCGUGACCAGGUGGACGCGAUCCAUUUGACCGAAUCACCCGGAUGGGGAACCCUGUUGGCGAUACUCGAAACUUAUGGUGAGCGGCCCUUGAAGCGUCCAUGGCGUUUGCAGGCGGAGGAUGAAUCUCUCAACCCUGGCAGCCCGUCAGAAAAUCUGGCUAAGCGAUUCAAACAGGCGGCUAGUCUCGACCGCUGA